AAUUUGAUUGUCGUCAGCACUGGGUUUCCAUAUGGGUACUUAAAAGCAUUUGGCUUGCAGAUGAUUGCUCUAAAAAUAGCUUGUGAGCAGAGUUUGUGUCAGGGUCCGAUUUCGGGUUUUAGCUGAGCUGGCCGUAAGAAACUUUCUUUGCUGCUGCUGCAAGGCAUACACGAGGGUGAUUUUUUGCUGAUUCUGUCUUGGAUUCUGUGGUUUUAUACUCCAAUCUACUUUGUACAUGGAUAGAAGGCACUGACACCAUGGCUGAGGAUUCAGAGGCAAAACAUGGAGGAAACAAGAACGGCAAAAAGGAAGGCAUUUCUGGAAGUUCGUUUUUUACUUGGUUUAUGGUAAUUGCGCUCCUGGGAGUAUGGACUUCAGUUGCAGUGGUUUGGUUCGAGCUUGUUGAUUAUGAGGAAGUUCUAGCCAAAGCAAAGGACUUCCGUUAUAACUUGUCAGAGGUACUCCAAGGAAAACUUGGGAUUUAUGAUGCUGAUGGAGAUGGAGAUUUUGAUGUGGAAGAUGCUAAGGUUUUGCUAGGACUUAAAGAAAGAUCUGUCCAAGAACAGCCAAUUCUGAAAGAUACAGAAGAAGUGAUCCAACCUGCAAAGGAGAGAUACACAAGAGCAGAACAUACUAGUCCUGAUGAAGUAGAACCUGAAGAUGAAAUCCAAUCUUUGUUGCGUGAAGUCCUUGAGUCACAACUUGUAAAAGAACAAGCUGGUAAUGCGGAUGAAGAAAAUAUACUUGAAGAAACAAAUUUGGAGGAGGAUGUGGAGAGAAACGAAAUACCUGAAGCUCCGACUCUAGAGGAGGAUUAUGAUGGAGAAGUACAGGAAGCACACGAAUCUUUCCAGGAAGAUCAUGCAAGUGACUAUCAGCCAGAAGAGCCUGAAACAGAUGAUGCUCAUGCUACCUAUGAAUAUCAUGCACAUGUGGAAGAAGAUACGUAUCAACCAGAAAGUCCAGAUGACACAGAACUAAAUCUAGAAGAUGCUCUGGAGCACAACACAGAUGACACAGAAUUCAAUCUAGAAGAUGCUCUGGAGCACAACACAGAUGACACAGAAUUAAAUCUAGAAGAUGCUUUGGAUCAUGCUACAGAUUUAGAAAAUGAAGACAUUAUUGAGGUUCAUGAUACUGAUGAAGAGCCUUUCACUGAAUAUCACCAUGAAGAUAUAAAAGGAGAACCAAUUGACAGAACGGAACAAAAACAUGAACAUGAAACAGAAGAUCCAAAUUCUUUUACUGAACAUAUUGAAUCAGAAGAUGAGAGAGAACAUACGGAAGACCAUGGAGCUACUCAACCUCAUGAGACAGGACAAGAGAGAGAAACACAACAGAAAGAGAAAGCUAAGAAGAAGAAACCUAAAUUGUUGAAUAAAUUUGAUAAAGGCAUUAAGGCUGAGCUUGAUGGUGCAGAGAGGCUACGUAAAAAGGGGAAAGUGGAAGAAGCUUUGAAGGUAUUUGAAACAUUAGUAAGCAAGUAUCCCCAAAGUCCACGAGCAAGAUAUGGAAAAGCACAGAGUGAGGAUGAUUUGGCUGAGAAAAUGAGAAGCAAUGAAAUUUUACAGCGAUCUAUCAAUACUUAUGGGGAGGUAGCUAGUCUAUCUAAUGUCCCUGAUGAUCUGGUCAAGCUAGCCCUGAAACGACGGGCAGACAGGCAGCAGUUUCUUGGUCGCAUGAGAGGUUCACUCGUUACAUUACAAAAACUAGUUAAUCUAUUUCCUAAUGACACUUCAUUCAAGAAUAACCUUGGGGUUGGUUAUCUUUUGAUUGGAGACAACAACAACGCUAAGAGGGUUUAUGAGGAGGUUCUGGACCUGGCUCCAAAUGAUGGCUUUGCUAAAGUGCAUUAUGGCUUCAUUUUGAAGGCAGAGAACAAGAUUGAAGAAAGCAUUCCAUAUUUGAAAGAAGGUCUAGAAACAGGAGACCCUGGUACUGAUGACGGUCGCUUUUACUUUCAUUUGGGAGAUGCCAUGCAACGUGUUGGAAACAGUGAGGCAUACAAGUGGUAUGAACUUGGACACCAACGGGGUCACUUUGCGUCUGUUUGGCAGCGUUCUCUGUACAACGUCAAAGGAUUAAAGGCUCGACCCUGGUGGACAGCAAAAGAAACAGGUUAUACAGAACUCGUCAAGUCCUUAGAAAGAAACUGGAAAAUAAUUCGGGAUGAAGGGCUUGCUGUGAUGGAUAGAGGAAAGGGGCUCUUUCUGCCUGAAGAUGAGAACUUGAGGGAGAAAGGUGACUGGAGCCAGUUCACUCUGUGGCAGCAAGGAAGGAAAAAUGAAAAAGCUUGUAACAGCGUUCCCAAAACCUGUGCUUUAUUAGAACGAUUUCCAGAGGCCACUGGAUGCAGAAGGGGGCAGAUCAAAUAUUCUGUCAUGCAUCCUGGGACACAUGUCUGGCCUCACACAGGACCUACUAAUUGUCGGUUGAGGAUGCAUUUAGGCUUGGUGAUUCCCAAAGAAGGCUGCAGGAUCCGCUGCGCACAAGAAACAAGGUUUUGGGAAGAAGGGAAGGUUGUCAUCUUUGAUGAUUCCUUUGAACAUGAAGUGUGGCAGGAUGCGCAAUCAUAUCGCCUGAUAUUCAUUGUAGAUGUCUGGCAUCCAGAGUUAACACCACAACAGCGGCUCACCCUUCCAGCCAUUUAAGUGUGAUGCUUUCCUUCUUUGAGAUCCAUAUUUCUUGCUGGUAAAACAAAAGUGAAACUGAACUGGAUGAAGAAAUCUCUUUAUAGACUUUGAAACUUCCUGUUCUAUGUAUUAUGCCAAUGCCAUUACAGCACUGAUCUUUAUAGUUUUGUAUUCAUGCUACAAGUACAGAUGCCUAUAUUUUAUCAGCCAAAGAAUGUCUUGUUCCAUGCUUCAGACUAUGACAUAUGCCAGGGCCAGUAUUUUGUUAUGCCUGUGUUUUGAGUACCACUGUUAGACAUACCUUUGGUACUCUAGUCAUCUGGAUGCUAAACUAAAGGCUUGCAUAAAGAUACCAAUCUUCUGACAAAGAGGGGUUGUGGAGCGGCAAUGUUCAGUGGAUUGUGAUAUAUCUGUCCUUGUAAGCCCACCUAUAUUUCAGCCAGGCAAGGAGGAAAUGUUUAGUAAAGUCUUUAGAUUUAAAUCUGUGGAUUUACAGUGCGAGCUAUAGAAAGUAUGAGUAAAUGGUUUUAUAUUGUGUGCGGGUUUUUUAAUAGAAAUAAUUGUAUUUUUCUACCACAUAUGUAUAGAUAUCCGUUUUGCUCUUUAUGAACCACUUUUGUAUGUUUCUUUGAAUUUAUUUUGUAAAAACAGUGUUAACAAGAAGCCUUCACUAGGAGCUGUACAAUAUACUGAGUAUGUGUUUUUCCUUCUAAUUGGGAUGAUGAAUACCAAUUUCCUUUCUUCAGUCUUGGUUAAGAAUGUUUAUAACAGCAUUAGUAUCUGUGUUUACCCCUAACACAAAGUACUUGGAGCCAUACCAAGAGGCAUUGAGACUUUCAAUAAUAUGUACAUUUUGCCUUCAAGUUUCCUAUACAGUAAAAAGCUUAUAAUUUCAACAGGAAUCACACAAACUCUGAUUAAUGGGCUGUUUGUUCUGUGAUGAAAUCAAUUUUGGAGCCAUUCUUCUUCUGGGUUAUGAUAGCAUUUUUAUUCUAUACUUAACUGUGAUCAGUUUUGUGUUUUACAUUAAUGUUUGUAUUGUGCUGGGAUUUAUCCUGCUUGUGUGAAGUGGCAAUCGCAUUAUUACGGUGUGGAGCUAUUUAAAGCAACAGAGAAAAAGCAACUUUCAUAUUUUCAUUUUCAUAUUCACCAACAGGGAAUAACCUCCUCUGAUGCCUUUGUAGUCAGUCAGGAAGUGCCAGACUUUGCCUGCAAACAGCUCAGAGCUCAGAAAAGUUACUUUGGAAACUAUACCUCUCUGGAUUCCCUAGGCAGCAUGUCCAAGUGGUUCUGGGAGUUUUGAAACCAAAAAGUAAGGUUUCCAAAUUUGACACAUGCUUUGUGGUAUGAAAUCCACCAGAACUUUUAGUUUCUGCUUAGGGGCAGUAGAAUCCAAACAAUUUUUGAAAGGUUAGAAUAUUCAGAAAAUAGGUACUAAAUAGGUACUAGAUGAGAAGGAAAUAGGUACUAAAUACAUACUAGAUAUGAAGGAAAUGUUUAGUACUGGUUUUUGUCACAAUUGAAAAACCACGGGCUACAUUUUCCUUUAACAUUAAUUGGCUCAAUAUUAUUUCAUCUGAGUUUUGCCUGAAAACAGGUAGCAGAGGUAUGUGACUGGCAAACAGAAUAAAGCAAACAACACUAAAGGUGCUCCUACCAGUAGAUUGUUGCCCAUUAUGUGCAGUUGGAUAUUAUGCAUUAAAAUCAAGUGCCUUCAGUGUAGCAUUGUGGAUUUUAUAUCUUUAUGUUAACAGCUUCAACACUACAAUUGCUGCUACAUUUUUCACUGGAAGCAAGGAAUCAAAGUGCUUGUUUCCGUGAGCUGUGGCUGCUGGGAUAACCAAGCCUUACAUAAAAGCCUUGCAGAACUGCUUACAAAUAUGUACUCUGUGUAUAUGACUCAACCUCGAUCUUUCUUUGUAAUUCUGUUACAGCUCUGUGUGAAAAUGCUAAUGGCAGAGACAAUUUUUAAAGGAAUCUUGCCCAGGAAAGCUUUCUGGUUUUGCUCAGGUCUCUUGGGAUAUAGAACAAUCCACACACAGGCCUAUUUAUCACUUCAUUUUAAGGUUUAUUACUUGACUUGAAAUUGCUAAUUUGGAUGUCAACUGGCAUUUUCCAAUAACAUUUUUUAAUUGUUAUGAAAAUAAAUUACACAGACCUUUAGCUAAGAUUUUAAUACUCAUUUCAACCUUUCUCAAGAUUUACAAUGCAUUUGGUCAUCAUUUCAAGAGGGUAUAAAGUCCAUGGUAGUAGAAGUGAGAGUUUAAGCCAGCACACUUUUUCCUAUGACAAAUACAUUAGUAAAAACUCCGUUUCUUUUCUUUUAUGAAUUAUCGUCAGCUUUAAUUUAUAACCCCUAUGACAAAGGGUUAGCAAAUAAAGCAGCAUAAGCAAUAAUGCAGAAUAAGUAAUACAACUGGAGAUCCUGUAUUUCACCGAGAAAAGACAAAGGCUUGGCUUACGUGUUACUGGUUUUAUAGAACUUCAUUUAUACAUGAGAGACUAAGUUCAAUAUUUAUUUGGCCAUCAGGAACAAUAGAAACUAUAGCUAAAUUAUCUCUGCAGCAGCUCUAUACAAGCAACAUCCUUAGCUCUAAACAUUAGAUUUGAACAGUUCCUGAAAGAUAUUCCACAAAGAAAGGAUGACAUUAACACAUCAUGGUUUGAUUCAUUACAAAUGGGUAUGGCGAAAUGAAUGCUUUUGCUUCUGAGUAUGACCUACAAGUCACAUAGCCAUCCUUAAGAAAAUUAACUGCUUUCUGUUUAUGGCUUAAAUGUACGGUUUGAUUAAGGUUUGGUAAAUGGCUGUUACUUACAGCUGUCAAAUGUGAGUAACACAUCCCCGGCUAGUUGAGAAUGCAACUAACAUGUUUCCAGCUAUUUGAGAAAAUAAAGCCACAGCAAAAGCCA